AUGGACACAGUCAGUGGAAGUGUUACAACAUUUUUAUUUUGCUACAAGGAAACAGAAAUAGAAGAGCUCAAAGCUCAGCUGGGACAGAUGCAGGAAGACUGGAUUGAAGAAGAGUGUAAUUGUAUGCAGGCAGAGCUCCCCUUCUUGGAAGCAAGAAGGGAAAUUAAAAAACUCGAGCAGGUUAUUGAAAGCAUGAGAAACAGCUUGGCUGAGAAAGACAAAAAAAUUCAGAAAUACUUCAUAGACAUAAGUUUUGAAAACAAGAAACUGGAAUCUUUGCAGCAGAACAUGGAGAUCCCUCGGAACAGCUCUGUGAGAGAUGAGCCGUGCCUGGAGCACAUGUGUGACUCAGAGGGGAAGCCGUUAGUGUUGUGUGCCAUGAUGCCAGACAGCAUCAUCACAGAGGACCAAGCUCUGGAGGAGGUGGCAGAUAGUGGGCUGCUUCUUAAUGAGGACACAGCUAAUGGGAUUGAUUCAUUUGAAGAGAGUUUGACCACCACAACCUCUGAGUUGAGUGAUCCAGCUCCCUCCAGUUCUGCUGUGAAACAAGAGAUGCUUGAAAAUGUUCUGAAUGAAAAAAUAACUUCUUCCGAGGAGGAGAGGAAAAUCAGCAACGUGAUGGUGGAACAGGCCAUCCAGACUGACAUGGUGCCAUAUAGCCUAGAUGUGGAGCAGCUCAUCAAGAACAUCUUCAGAGCUCAAGAUGCCUGUCCUCUAAGCCCACCUUCUUCACUGAAGGAAUUGGGUGAAUUUUCUCUUGGAAGCUUCACUGAUUCUGGUAUCAUAGUGGACUUAACUCCAAGUGAUCCAAACUCUGCCAUCCUUUUAUCUCCUAUGGAGUCUCCAUGCAGGAAGGUGGAGCACGUUGUUAAUGAAAACCAUUUCAUGAAAGAACUUGAUUUUGCAGAACCUCAUGAUGUUGAAGCCUUUGGGUAUGUCAAUACUGUCUCUCAGAGAGGAAUGAAGAGGAGAUACUGGAGCAGCAGUCUCCUCGGAGAUCUUCUGGCUGUAGCAGUCCCUGUUGUACCAACUAUCAUGUGGGCUUUCAGUACUCAGAGAGGAGGAACAAACCCUAUUUACAGUAUCAGAGCAUUGCGUUGUGGUUGCUGCCUGGUAGCCCUGCACUCUUUACACCGUACUCCCUUCAAUAUCAAAACCUAA